AUGGCCGGCAAAGCCGGGGAGCCCCGUGUCCCAAUGGCGUUGCAGAAGUCGCGGUUGAAGGCUGAGGAGAAGAUCUUGGACCUUGACUUUGAGUUGGUGAGCGUUCAGUUCAACGAGAGGGGGAGGUACGCUUUGAGGCUGACCGUGGAGAACCCGCUGCUCGAAGGGUCCGGAGCCGGGGUGCAAUUGCGGGUGAACGAGGGAGACCCCCAUUGCACAAACACGGCCACGACCGAUGUUAUUGAGCAAACCAACCUGAACGACGUCUACGGGUUUGAGAAAAGGCGAUUCUUGUUCACUUUGCCCAAAGGCUUCUGCAAAAACGACAAGAACCACGACGCCAGGCUCCGAAUCGAAGCUUUACGCCUCCGCGGUUCCUUGCUAAGGAGCCAAGAGAAGGCAGGAGAAGGAUUCUUUGCCAUUUACCCCCGCACCAACCAGCCUCGGAUGAAUCUCUUUGCUAGCCGAGACGAGGACCUGUACCGGUACAGCGAUAUCAUGGCACUGUUGCGGGUCAGCAGCGAUGACCUGGCCAUGCACUGCGGGAGGCUGGCUUACACGGUGUCGUUCCACGAACACCGCCCGCCCGCCAAAGAGGAGGCCCCAAUCUCUUCUCGACGUUCGCCUUUGCCACCCACCAAGCAAGAUGAGGCGCAUGCUCCGAGAACCAGCUCUCCAGCACCUGUCCAGUCUCUGGGUAUCCCGCAGCAAAGUCACUCCUUUUCUACCCCAGAGCCGUCCCCUUGGCUUUCACCAGCCAUGGGAUCUCACUCUCAUGGUGUGAGAAAUUUCAAGAAACUAAAGUCAGACAGUGGUCGGCUGCCCAAAGGAAGUUCUUUCAGUCUGUUUUCUUGGGGAACCAAGAAGGUCAAGGAGGAUCCUGCAGAACAUGGACAGCCGGUCCACACUUCAGGAACAAAUAACCAACACCUGGCUAAUUCCACAAAGGAAUCCAUCACCAUAACGUUGCAUGGAGCCAACAAUCUGCCCUCGACCAGGAAGGGUCACGUUCCUAGUCCCUAUGUCAUUAUCAAGACCACCUCCGAUGAAGAGAGCAAGCAGCCAGCUCAAGGGGCGACCCAUGCCGUUCUGCAGCCGACGCACGCACCCAGCUGGGAGGAGAAGGUGACCGUGGAGAUUGAGGCGCGGAAGGCAGGAGAAGAAGCUGUGUCCCUAAUUGUAGCUGACAAAGACACCAAGGAGAUCCUAGCGAGAUAUAACAUCCCUGUGAAGUACCUGCGCCCUUUCCAUCACUACCACUGUGCGUUGAUGUUGCCUCGGAAGAAGGAUCCGGCAGGGACAAAACUGUACGCCUCCCUCGUGCGCAAGGGCAGCAGCAUCCCGCGCUAUGCCGGCAUCGAUUAUACCGGCCUGGAGGUUUUCCUCCGUGGAUUCAAUGAAAACGUCGCCGAACUGGAAGGCUCGGUCAUAGCCAUUGCUAGAAUUGUGAACAAUGUCCAAGCUUACCAAGAGGAAAUGAUGGCUCGGACCUCGGAUGCUUCUCCCAUCCCAAUGACGUUCGCAAAAUUCCCAGAUCCUGUAAUAGAGGACUUCGAUGUCCCGCGAGUCACCAACCAAGGAUACCCACAGGUUUCUGUGUCUAAUGGACUUCCUGAAAGACCAACAUGGAAUACAUCCUACUUGUUCCAAGGCCGGGAUGGAGCGACCGCUUUCUCAGAAGACACUGCUCUAGUGAUUGAAUACUUCAGAUCAAAGCCAGAAAAGGAAGACAAACCAAAGCCUCUGGGUUUCUCUGUGCUGCCACUCACCAGUCGUGUCUAUCGGAGGCUUUUGUCAGAGAGCAGCAAGAACGGGGUGCAAGUCAAAAAUCUUCCAGUCCAGAAUACAAAUCUGAGGACCCCAUCCGGAGAAGCCCCGACCGUCCAGCUGGGUCUCCAGCUGUUCAAUUCCGAGAGGCCGGACAGUUUUCUGAGCCCAUCCCUCACAAACGCCCUUCCUCUCUUGGACCCUGAAUUGGUGGAUAAGCUUGGGAAUAUCAAAGAGCCCUGGACAAGGCCUCCUGCGCCCAUGGUAGAGAAAGUCAGCAUAUAAAAACCAACUCCUCAGAGCACCAUAAUCAUACCUGAACGCAAGAGACCCCUGACCGACCUAUUGGUGGUGAACGAGAACGGCUUCCCUUCCCAUGAUGCUGUGGCCGGGAUUUUGCCGGACAAGCAGCUCUAUACCAGGUCUGUCAUCCAGGAAAUCCCAGAUGUGGAGACAGAGACCUUCCGCACCGCCAUCCAGAGAAUGGCAGACGAUAUCCUCUCCCUGCGCCGACAGAUUGCCAACUUGGAGGCGGAGAACAGCGCGCUGCGGCAGAACCUCUCGAUGCAUGAAGAUGUGGGGCGCGUCUUGUUGGAAGACAUGGACCUCGAUGUCAUGACCAGGGCGGAGAUAGUAGACAGGAUAAUGGGUCUCAAGGAAAAACUGUCUUCCGGAGCUCGGGAGAUGGCAAAGAUGAAGGACCGGGUGCAACGGCUGCAGAAUGAACUUAUCCGGAAAAACGACCGAGAGAAGGACCUGGUGAUGCUGCAGCGAGCCCAUCAGCAGCAGCAGAUUGUGCUGAGGAAGUACCAGGCCAAGAUAUCCAAGAUGAAAGCUCUCGAGGAUGCCGUGAGGCAGCAGGAAAAGGUGAUUGAGAGGAUGGAGAGAAUGCUGGAGACGAAGAUGAUGGACCAAUACAAAGAUACACAACUUUGGUCUUCUUUGCCUCCAGCCCCAGGAGAAAGCUGGUCGAAGGAUCUCUACUCCACUCUGAUGAUAGAGAAUACGAGGUUGCGGGAGGAACUGAGCAAAAACUGUUACCGUUCCUCGCCCAUCAUACUGCAGCAGCAGGCCUUGCCGGAUUCAUUUUCCCCCAACUCUGAAAAGCUCACGCUACUUAGUAAACUGGAGAAAGCCGAGACACGGAUCCAUGUCUUAGAACGCCAGCUGGAGGAAUCUGCUAGGAAAUGGGGGCGAGAAAAACAGGAUUAUGCCACGCGUCUUCUAGAGAAUGAACGUGGAUUUGGCCAGUCACCUUCCUCUUUCAAUCUACCAGAACUCCCACAGGCUGGCCUGGAUUCCCCAUCACACACCAGGAUUAAGAGCCUUUACUCCUCGCAGUAG